AUAUAUCACUAGACAGUUGAAAACAAGAAUAUGGAACUUCAGCCUGUUUGACUUGGAACUACAAGUACUUAUGGGUAUAGCUUCAAAAAAAUACUUUAACUCCAAUUUCUCCUUAUUUCCUUUAUGCCUUGUUUGAAUCUUCAUACCCCUCAUUUUCUUCCCAAACUAUUCAAAUUCUUUUCUUUUUCAACUAUAAAAAAUGCCAGCUUUAAUCAAGCCCCUACAAAUAUUAACAAAUUCUUGUCACUUUUACAAGAAUUCUCAGAUACCCUUUUGUGUCUUAAAUCUAUUCAUGCCCAGAUUAUCACAAACUCUGUAUCUAUACACCAUUUUUUGGCAUCAAAUUUGGUUAAAAGUUACAGUGAAUUGGGCUGUCUGGGAAUUGCCAGGAAAGUGUUUGAUCAAAUAUCUCAACCAAAACCCAUUCUUUGUAAUUCAAUGCUCAAUGGGUAUUUGAGAAAUAAGUGUUAUAAGGAAACUAUUGAGUUGUUCGAUUUAAUGUGUUCUUUUCAUUUGGGAUUUGAUAGUUAUUCAUGUAAUUUUGUGUUGAAGGCCUGCAUGGAAUUAGGAAAUUUCGAGAAGGGCAGAGAGGUAAUUAAGAGAGCUGUGGAUAGAAGGGUGGAUGGUGAUAGGUUUUUGGGUAGUUCAAUGAUUAGUUUCUUUAUGAAAUUUGGUGAUUUCAAUGGCGCGAGACGGGUUUUUAAUCGGAUGGUUGAAAGAGAUGUUGUGUGUUGGAAUUCAAUGAUAGGUGGUUAUGUAAAAGGAUGUUACUAUGUUGAGGCUUUUGAUUUGUUUCUUAAGAUGAUUCUAUAUGGGGUUAGGCCAAGUGCUAUAACUAUGGUGAGUUUGGUUCAAGCUUGUGGAGGAAUGAGAAAUUUAGAACUUGGGAAAUGUGUUCAUGGAUUUGUCCUUGGAUUGGGAAUAGGAAGUGAUGUUUUGGUGCUCACUGCAUUGAUUGAUAUGUAUAGUAAGAUGGGUGAACAUAAAAGUGCUCGUUUGGUUUUUGAUAGCAUGCCUGCAAAAAAUUUGGUUUCAUGGAAUGUUAUGAUCUCAGGGUAUGUUCAAAAUUGUUUGGUGCAUGAAUCUUUUGAUCUGUUUCGCAAAUUAGUAAUAACUGGUGCUGGCUUUGAUUCUGGAACAAUAAUUAGCCUCCUCCAAGGUUGUGCUCAAGUAGCUGAUUUGGAAAGCGGAAAGGUUCUCCAUGGUUAUAUUUUUCGAAGAGGCCUUAACAUGAACCUUAUUUUGUCGACUGCAAUCAUAGAUCUGUAUUCUAAAUGUGGUGCCAUAAAGGAGGCAACUUUUGUGUUUGAAGGGAUGAAAGAGAGAAAUGUGAUUACAUGGACUGCUAUGCUUGUAGGAUUAGCACAAAAUGGGCAUGCUGAAGAUGCCAUCAAAUUAUUUGGUCAGAUGAAAGAAGAGGGAGUUGCUGCUAAUUCUAUUACUCUGGUUAGUUUAGUCCACUCUUGUGCCCAUUUGGGUUCCCUGAAAAAAGGAAGGAGUGUCCAUGCUCAAUUAUUUCGCCAUGGAUAUGCUUUUGAUGUGGUUAACAGGACAGCCUUGAUUGAUAUGUAUGCCAAGUGUGGAAAGAUAAAUUAUGCUGAAAGGGUAUUCAAAGAUGGGUCCUUAUUUAAAGAUGUUAUAUUAUGGAAUUCUAUGAUAACAGGCUAUGGCAUGCAUGGUCAAGGACAUGAAGCUCUUGAUAUCUACAGCAGAAUGUUAGAGGAGGGACUCAAGCCAAAUCAUACUACGUUCAUCUCUCUUCUAUCUGCUUGUAGUCAUUCAGGGCUUGUGAAACAGGGAAGAAGUUUGUUUCUAAGCAUGGAAAGUGAUCAUAAUAUCAGGCCUACCGAGAAGCACUAUGCUUGCUAUGUGGAUCUUCUUAGCAGAGCAGGACAUCUUGAAGAAGCGGGGGCGUUGAUCAAGCAAAUGCCUUUUCAAUCCAGCGGUGAGGUUUUUGAAGCAUUACUAAGUGGAUGUAGAACGCAUAAGAACAUUGAUAUUGGCAUCAAAACUGCGGAUUAUUUGUUAAGUUUGGAUGCAACAAACGCUGGAAUUUACGUUAUGCUAUCAAAUAUAUAUGCUGAAGCAAGGAGAUGGGAUGCAGUGGAUCAUAUUAGAGGUCUCAUGAGGAGACGGGGGCUGAAAAAAACACCAGGAUACAGUCUGAUUGAAGUAGGAAAGCAGGUCCACACGUUUUUUGCCGGAGAAGACUCACAUCCAAAUUCGGUGGAAAUCAGUCAAAUUUUGGAGAAUUUGAGAUUAGAACUCGAAGCUUCAGGUUAUGUGCCCGAUACUAGUUGUGUUCUUCGUGAUGUAGAUGAGCCAAUGAAGAUCAAAUUGCUGUGGAGGCACAGUGAGAGAUUAGCUAUUGCUUUUGGCCUUCUAAGUACACCAGCAGGAAGCUUGAUUAGGAUCACUAAGAAUCUUCGUGUAUGCAUCGAUUGCCAUACCGUGACUAAAUACAUAUCAAAGGUAGUGAAGAGGGAGAUUAUUGUAAGGGAUGCAAACCGUUUCCAUCACUUUGUUGACGGAAAAUGUUCUUGCAAUGAUUACUGGUGAAAAAGGAUAGGAUUAUGAGUGAAGAUCUCCAUUUUUUUCCCAGAUUGUUUCAGUAGCUCUUGUUCUCCAACUCCAACCAUUUUGCUCUCAAAGUGCGUAUGUAACACUGUAAUGUUAAGCAGUGUGCUCUAACCUAAUGACUAGAAAGCCAAACAAAGAAAAUGCAACAUCCCCAUUGGCCAAUUUCCAUCAUGUGUUUACAACCUUAUCUCUAAAUUGUUUUUUUCACAUAUAUUUAUCAAAUGGCCAGGACUUUUUCAUUUUUGUAGCUGUAAAAAGUUCUUGAACUUUCUUUAAUAU